AUGAAAAUUCUUAAUUGUAUUAUAAUCUUAAUCCUUACUGCCUUCGUUGCAGCUGAAGAUAGACAAUUAGAUCUUGCUGGAUUGGAAAAUACUCCAAGUUCAUCAUUAAAUAAAUUAUCGGUUCAACCUCUUGAUCGAGAUGAAUUAGAAAAUCAUCCUCGACAAUAUUUAGGUGAUGAUGCUGAAACUACCAUUAUUUAUAAAAUGAAUGAUUAUAAUGAUGAUAAAUAUAAGAAUAUUAUUCUUCAUAGUUCAGUAUUGAAUACUGCUGAAAGACUUUCCGGUAAUGAGUUUGCUGUUUAUACCGGCAGUGAAGAUUCAAGAUGGAUUGAAUUUCGUACUGAUUAUUAUAAAACUAAAUUUGCUCAACGUGUAGCCAUUAGUCCAUGUCUUGAUGAAACAAAAGGUAAAGGUGGUUCACUUUCGGGUUCACUUUCAAUGUAUUUUGGAAAAACUUCGUCCAUUGAUUUCACUUAUGGUGGUGAUUUAUUGUUUGGUACUAGUAUUAAUAUGGAUUGGAAACCUGAAGUUAGUUCAACUUUUACAACUACUGGUUCAUAUAGUUGUAAAGUGCCUGCUGGUAAAGUGGGUCAAAUUCAUAUGUCCCCCAUGGUUUAUGAAGCUAUAGAUGCCCAAGUUAGAAAUGUUACAUUUACUCCUGGUUAUAUUUAUGAUGGCCUUGCUUAUAGUGAAUGGGAAACCAAAGAUCUUUCUUAUCCAACUUCUAAUCUGUCUCCUAAAUUUUUUUGUGUUACUUCUGAUAAAUGUACUAAUAUUCCAUUCGAAGAACUGUAUACUAAAUAG